AUGCUGAAGGAUGAAGUUCGUACUCUGUCGUACCGCCAGGCCAUCCAGAACAACCCGCAUUUAUUCAAGGACAAGGUUGUCUUGGAUGUUGGCUGUGGCACAGGAAUCCUGUGCAUGUUUGCUGCCAAGGCUGGUGCAAAAAAAGUUAUUGGUGUUGAUAUGAGCAAUAUCAUUGACCAGGCCAAAGUGAUUGUGAAGGCCAACCGUUUGGACCACAUUAUCACCUUGGUGAAAGGGAAGCUUGAGGAAGUCGACCUCGGACUUGGCCCAAACGGCCAGGUGGACAUUAUCGUGAGUGAGUGGAUGGGCUAUUUCCUGCUCUACGAAAGUAUGCUAGACACUGUUCUGCUCGCUCGUGACAAAUAUCUCAAGCCAGGUGGCAUUAUGAUGCCCGACCGCGCGACUCUGUAUCUUUCUGCGAUUGAGGACCAGGAGUACAAGGAAGAAAAAAUCGACUUUUGGGACGACGUGUACGGCUUUGACUAUUCGUGCAUCAAGGAGAUUGCGCUCCGCGAACCUCUGGUGGAUACGGUAGAACUGCGCAGCGUCGUGUGCGACCCUGCACCACUGCUGCACCUGGACCUAACGAAAGUUCGCAAGGAAGACUUGACUUUCAACAGCAAGUUUAAGCUCACGGCCACGCGGAACGACUACGUCCAUGCUUUUCUUGGUUGGUUCGAUAUUGGCUUUGAGGCAUGCCACAAGCCGGUCCGUUUUUCCACUGGCCCGCACUCUCGCUACACGCAUUGGAAGCAGACUGUCUUUUACACUCCAGGCACACUGACUGUGUUUGAAGGCGAUGUCAUUGAAGGCGAGCUGUCCUGCGCGCCGAACGAACGCAACCCAAGGGACCUUGACAUUUCGCUUGCCUACAAGCUGCAGGGCAAGAACACUACGGAAGCCAAGAUGGACUACAAAAUGUACGUAUCAUGCACACUUCUACUAAUACCUACAGGUCCUAAUGGCGCUCGCUGCAGGUACUGA